AUGAAUUUGAUUCCUAUUCGAAGAACAACAGCGGCAGCACCACAACGAACUGCAAGUCCGACAUUGAAUGUUUCAGGUCGAUUGCAGGCGUUGGCUUCAUUUGCUCAACAGCGUGUUUGGCUGCACGAAAAACUUUACUUCAAUCAUCAGUCGUCUUCAUUGGCAAUUUACAAUAUUCUUGUACCGUUAACGAUUAAACAUGGCUCGCUAUCGGUUGAACGCAUUCGGCUGGCUCUACUUUCAGUACUCGACUACCACACGGUUCUUCGAACGGCAGUUCGUUUCAAUGGAAAGAGUGGACAGCUCGAGCAGGAAGUACAACCUCUCAGCCACGAUCUUUACUCCUUUGAAUGCACCUCGAAUAUCAACUCAUCGGAGCAGCUAGAUGCCAUGCUGACGGCUGAGUCGGUGACCAAUCACUUUAACUUGGAAGAGGGCAAAGUAGUUCGGUGUCAUCUGAUGCUAUUGAGCAAGCACGGUAAUCAACAAGUGCUUCGCAAGGGCGAUCUGAUCAUUUUUUCUCUCCAUCAUAUUGCAUUUGAUCUGAGCUCAGUGGGGCCGUUCAUUGAAACUUUUAGUGAAGCAUGUAACCAAACGAAAUCUAUGAAAAUCGUUGGCAGAAGACCACAAUACAUUGACGUUACUCUGUAUGAACAAGCUCUACUGCGAGAUCCCAGUACCGCCAGUGCUCGACAGUUUUGGUCUACAUUACUUCGUGGCUACGACUGGACGAAGAAGUUUCUUCAGCCUGUUGCUCUCACACAAACACACAGGAAGGUGCGGUCAGGACGCGGCUAUUCGAAAGCAUUCACUCUUGAUCCAGAUUUGGUCCGCGCGCAGAUGCUCUUCGCUUCAUCGCACAACAUCUCUAUGUUUCAAUUGUAUCUUACUUGUUACUACAUGUUCAUUCAUCAAUUGGACGGCAGUUGUGACUUGUGUAUCACGGGUGCGACAGACAAUCGCCGCCUGUUAGAACUGAAAUCCAUGGUUGGCAUGUUUGUCAAUCUGAUCCCCUACCGGAUUCAACUCAACCCAUGCGAGUCAUUUGCGAGACUUGCUUUGCAAGUUCAACAGUUGUGUCUAUCGAUUCUCGAAUACAACCAUCUACCGUAUCAGUACAUCAUCAAUGCUGAGGGUCAUGAACGACAGCCGAUGUCUCAACUAUUCUUUCAAUAUGAAUCUCGCAUGUCUUCCAUCACACAUGGCACUGCACUAACGUUUAAUGUCAACGAUGAAAACGAUACCGUGCUGGCAGUUUACCACGAUCGAGAUCGAUCACAUGACAAUGGCGUUGCUCUUUUUGACAUUACACUUACCGUGUCACAUGGCCAUUCGGAAAAAGCAACUAACUGCUUUCUGGAAUGCUCCGCAGAUAUGUUUGACGAUCNACUACUAUACUCAAAGGCGACUGCAAGAGUAGUGUCUGUCACUUAUACUUUACUGAAAUCCCAUCAUUGUGCACUUAUCACCACCAAGAUACACAACACUAGUAAAGAAAUGGUGACUAACGACAUUAAUACAAUUACACCGAUCGAGAAUCCACUCACGAAUAUGACAUGUAGUAGCGAAGUGUUGAAGAUAAACAAGUGUACUGAUGAGACGAAGAGUGAAUCUCAACCAUUCAAGAUGCCUCGUGCUCCACCUCAUGUAUAUUCUUGCUUUGUUGUUAAUUGCACCAACGAGCCGAUUGACUGUAUACUCAAGUAUAAUGGUCGUCCAGGUGAAGAUAAAUUUGAUGAAGUAGCCAACGUCACUAUUCCUGGCAACACUGAGCACUAUUUUCCUCGUCAACUCUUUCAGCCUGAUCUGCCCGAAUCAUACUGCAAAUGGGUCAAGAUUAUAACGCAUAUCCAAGUGAAGAAGGCGAACGAUCAUAUUUUAGAAGUGAACUAUCCAUUUGAGCAUGUUCAUUGUCCGAUUCGCAACUGGGAAUUUCAUGUCAACAACGAAGGAGAGAUCCUUUCAAAGCCACCUACUCGUGUCGUUAAUGUUCUCAAGUAUGAAAAUCUCGAUCGCUAUGAAUGUUGA